UUGGCAACGCUGAUCAGGAAAAUACGAACAAAUAAAAACUAGUCGGCAUUCACGAUAGAAACCAACAUAUUGUAGAGAAUGAGAAAAAAUAAUUGAAAACAUACUGAUUGAUUGCAGCAAAUACAAAAUGAACGAAAGUAACAUAGCAGGAGAAAGUGAGGACAGUCGUAAACUUCUAGAUAUUUUCCUAGAGGGUUGGAAAAUAUACGAGUUUCUAGAUGAAACCACUAUUGAUACCAAUAGCGGGGAGUAUCAGUCGAAAGUUAAAAUUGGAAUUCAAAAUUUUGAGAUAGCAACAACAAUAGUGAGCCAAAUAAGCAUGUUUAGUACAAAUGAAUUCAUUGAUGAAGUGCCAACGGAUUCCUUGCAGUAUUUGCUGUUGCCUUACUUUUUGGGCAAAUUGACAUUAAAAUGCCAUAAGCAGGAGCGGGGAGAAGUGUUACGUCUGGCAGAAAUAUAUUUGAGAGACUUCAUUAACCGCUGUCAAGACUAUGAGCUGUGCGAGGGACCCAAACAGGAUGAAUCCGAGUCUAAGGACCCAAAAGGCGGUGGGUGUUUGAACACCACCCAACAACUUGUCGCAUCUGCUGUGUCCCGCAACAAUAAAAUCGCUCAAUUCAAACGCAAAAAGGAACUUGAGGAACACAUCAAAAGGAUGAGGGACGCUGUUCGCAGUCAAUCUGCCGACGACGAAAUUAAACGCGACUUCUUCCUUAAAUUUAUUCAAAAAAGUAUUAUGGACGCCAAUGAAGAGCUUGAAGAUAUUAAAUUAGAAAAAGGCGUAGUUGAAAUGCGAAAACAGCGUAUGGCUGAAUUUGGCACCACGCGAAUGGACGAUUUACCCUUUCCAAGUAAUGCAAUUACCGGACAUUCGCACAGCCAUUUUCCACACGCUCACAACCACGAUUCUGCAACAAGACCCAAACCAAUGCAACCUUUUAUUAUUACCAAGGACGCAACUCAAAAAGCUGUGUUUGGGAUGGGUUAUCCAAGUUUACCCGUUAUGUCUGUAAAUGAGUUUUACUCUCAACGUGUUCGAGAUGGGGUUUUUCCCGACGAGGAGAAAAUGGCACGUAUCAAUCAAGAGAAAGCAGUUGCAGCAGCACAAGAUCCCGAAGAGAAAGAAGAAGCUGAAAAGGAAGAAAUGGAAGAGAAAGUAGAGAGAGACGACACCGAGAAUUUGGAUAGAAUGCGUCGUAUGGAUGAGUAUAGAGAUGUUGUAAGACGUGGCGAUGGUAAUCGCCACAAUCGCAGCUAAAACAGUAAUAAAUCUCAAGUUAUUUACUCAUAUGAGUUAAAAGUGGUAUACAUCAUUUGGUACAGUGUGGCCGAAGAUAAUGUGUGUUGAAAUAUUUGUAAGAUAGUGGCGUUUUGAUGCAACGGAUGCAAACAAAGAAAUUAAAAGCCUCUGGUCUUGUUUUUAUUCA